GUUUACUUUUAUAACAGAUUGAGUAAAAUAUUUUUUUUUAAAAAGUCAGCAUCUAAGUUUCAAGGUUUCAUAAAUGACUAUAUAAUAUGCUAUUGGAGUCCUUUCGCUUUAAAAUAUUCUGCUUCUGCUUUAGCCGAGCGUUUAGAUUGGUCAGUACGUGUCACAUGGUUUUGGUUAAACAUUUUCAUUGGCGAGAACACUGUCAACAUUUAACGCUUAAAAACAUUUAUUGUUCGAACACGAAUAGCAAAUGUAGUGACAGUUUCAAAAGCGUGCAUUAAAAGACUUAAAAAUAUAUUGUUGCAUUUUAAAAUGGUAUUCACGACAAAAACAGGUGAGAGCAGACAUUAAUGCUUUUUCUAUCCAUAAGGUGGCAGCAACACCUGGCUGUGUGCAUGUGUCCUUGUACAGUUAAAAAAAUAUAUAUAUAUUUGUAAAGUACAAUGGUUAAAAAGAAGAAAAAGAUAAAAUACUGUAUUUGGGAAAGCCGCCCGCCCCAAUUGAUUGCAAGUUUUAUGUGAGGCAUUGCUAAUGCAGCUACUUGGGUUCCACAAACUCACACAUUUUUGUUUUCUUUUGAAUGCUUCUGGCUCUUUCUGUGACAUAUUGUAUAAAGGGCCAGCUUGUCCAAUUACAGGAAUUAUAUUUCUUCCUACCUGGCAUGCUUUGCUCUCAAACACACAGCCCAGCCGUUGUGUAGGGAAAUUUGUCAUGCCACUAUAAUAGGAGUCAUGAGGAGGCACUAUUUGGAAGUGGGGCCUUGGAGGAAAACAUCUGUCCUUUUCAACCAGUGUCUGCCUGGUAAGAGUGUGUGGUGAGGAAGUGUCUGCAGCGUCAAGCAUCUGACCUGAGAGGAGGGGAUAAUCUUCGGGACCAAUCAGUUGAGCAUCACCGUGGAGCCAGCAGUAAGGGAAUAAUUGCGAUCAUGUGCUUUUUUGCGUCAUUGAAUUAGAGUUUGGCUUCAAAAUAGCGCAUUGUGAGUAUUGGGCUUUGUGAGGUUGACAUCUUUUGACAAGCUUUCAGUCAUGUUGUUUGCUUGCUGAGAGUUCGAAAACACAGACUCAAGCGAUCCAUCUGAAGGCAAACCAGAGGGUUACCGUGGCGAUCGACUCCAAAACCACCGUGGGAAUGACAAGUGUGACAGCAUCAUGUGUGCCAGUCCGCUGCGAGCGUUUGGCACGACGGCCAACAUCAAACACAUCGUGAUGGGCAGAUGCUUCGAUUACGUUACACUCGUCAACCCCAGCGUGAGGUACGACUGCGAGGAGAUCUGGAGAGCGUUUGAGGAGGCGGUGGUGCGGCAGGCUUCCUGCGACGUGGCCGCGGAGCACUACCGCCGCAUGUUCCAAGCCAUGCCGCAAACGUGGGCCUGCGACCGGUUCCUGUUUUGGAGCAAGACCAAGAGGCUGAUACAGGACUACACCGCCGUGGCGCGUCACUUCCGGACGCUGGAGGACACGCUGGCGGGCUACAUGUUCAACGACCUCGUCUGGUGUGGCCAACAGGAAGACGCGGAUUUCGAUUUCAGCUCGUGCCCCAAAUGGUCGGCGUGUUUAAAUCAUCCCGUGCACUCCUUGUGGAGGCAAGCGUCCGAAAACUUCGCCGAGCUGGCGUGCGGCAACGUCACCGUGCUGCUCAAUGGCUCCAUUGAGAACGCUUUCAACAGGAACAGCAUGUUUGGAAGCGUGGAGCUGGACAAUCUGAAUCCGCAAAGGGUGAACUACGUCAACAUCAAAGUGGUGACUAAUCUGGAGGGCCCAUUUAUAGAAUCCUGCGGCGAGGGUUCCGUUGUGGACUUAAUCCACAUCCUGCAGUCUAGAGGAUUCCGCUGGACGUGCUCGGACAACGACCAGAUCCUGAUGAUCCUGCAGUGCGUCCGGAAACCGGAACACGCGUCGUGCCGGACGUGUGCGGACAGCCUGUCCGCAGUCCAGUUCAUGGAUUUUGUUGCCAGAAGACAAAUCUCCAAUCAGAAAAAUGAUAAUAAUAUUAAUUUCUUCUAAAGUACAAGAAUAGAGUUGUAUGCUUUUCAGAAUUGCUUCAAAUAUUUUUGAGAGUAAAGUUGAAUUUUUUGUAAGAAAAAAAGGUAUGAAGAUGUUUUGGGGUUUUUUUUAGAUUUUUUUUCUGCAGAAACUAUUGUAAUCUUAUGAGAAUGUUGUAUUUUUUUCUUUUUCUUUCUUCAAGAAUUAGUUACACUCUUCUGAUAUUGCAGCGCUUCCUUGCCUGUUCACAGGAUGGCUGUCUCACAGAAAAGUAGUGCUUUGGGGCCAUCUUGUGGCAUCUAUAGGCAAUUAUAAAACAUUUUCUGGAGGAAAGUUAAAUUUUUUUUUUGCUAUUCAUAGCAAUUCUCAGUCCAUUCACCGUAGAUAACUGUACACUUUUUCUAAAGAUAUGUUUUAAUUGUUGUAACCUCAAGAGUUGUACUUUUUCCAAGAGUAAAGUAAUAUUUUUUUUCCAGAUUUUUUUUUUCCUCCAAGAAUAGAUGUCAUUUUUAUGAGAAUAAAGUAAAUGUUUUUUCAUGAUUGCUUUUUCAAAUUUCCUGUG